AGCAAACACAUUAAAACCCUAGCUCCUAGCAGAGCUACCUUAAUUAGCAGCAAGCCAUGGCGACCACGACGGCGAUGCAGCUGCUGGGUCGUCGUCUAAGCUGCUGCUGCUUGUUGGUGGCCGUGUGCCUGGCGGCGUUUGCCGUCGUGCCGUCGGCUUCCCAGCCGAGCUUGACGGUGGCCACCCCGUCGAGUAAGAAUAAGAACACGCAGCUCAAGUGCACCAACACCAAGACUAACAGGACCACUUGCACGGUCAGCUGCAACAACCGAUGCCCUCACAAGUGCCUCAUCCAGUGCCCCAGCUGCAAGACCUUCUGCCUGUGCGACUUCUACCCCGGCGUGUCCUGCGGCGACCCUCGCUUCACCGGCGCCGACGGCAACAACUUCUACUUCCACGGCAAGAAGGACAAGGACUUCUGCGUCGUCUCCGACGCCCACCUCCACAUCAACGCCCACUUCAUCGGCAAGCGCAACCCCGCCAUGAGCCGCGACUUCACCUGGAUCCAGGCCCUCGGCAUCCGCUUCGCCCACCACCGCCUCUACGUCGGCGCCGUCAAGACCGCCAAGUGGGACGCCGCCGCCGACCACCUCACCAUCGCCUUCGACGACGAGGACGUCGCGCUGCCCCGCUUCGUCGGCUCCAGGUGGGCGCCGCCCACCGCGCCGGCGCUCUCCGUCACCAGGACCGCGCAGGUCAACACCGUCGUCGUCGAGCUCAGGGGCGUCUUCCGCAUCAUGGCCAACGUCGUGCCCAUCACGGCCGAGGACUCGCGGAUCCACAACUACGGCGUCACCGACGACGACAGCCUGGCGCACCUGGACCUCGGCUUCAAGUUCUACGACCUCACCGACGACGUCCACGGCGUCCUCGGCCAGACCUAUCGCCCUGAUUACGUCAACAAGCUCGACGUCAAGUCCAACAUGCCGGUCAUGGGUGGCGCGCCGGACUACCUCUCCUCCGGCUUGUUCUCCGCGGACUGCGCCGUCGCACGGUUUGGCCGCCGCCAAGAGGCCGCCGCCGCAAGCAUCGGAGGACCGGCUAUUGCGAUGGUCACCGACGACAUGGAAUAAUUAAUACAUCGACGAUCUGCAUCGCCCGGCUGGCACCUGGCAUGCAUGCAUGCACGUACUACUGGCCCAUCAUCGAUAACGCAGAAUGCAUGCAGUAAUAACCACGACACAGUAGUAUAUAUGUAGUCAUAUAUAUUUUUCCAUGACGAUUUGGAAGAAAGACAAGAUCAGAAGAAAUAAGCAGCAGCUAGCUAGCUAGCUGGUUCAAUUUCAAACCUUUCAUCUGUAUACACAUAUAUCUUCUACAGCAUGCAUGAAUCGACCCACCAAGACGAUGAUUGAUCACGGUUGUAAUCCAUUAUAUAUGAAAUUACAGUGUGCUGGUCUGGUAUUCA